AUGACAGCGGUGUGUGAAGGUUAUUCCAGUGAAAACAUUGCCCUAAGGGUUGAAUGUGAAGCUCAGGAGGCUGAGAUAGCACAGUUAAAGAAUUUUCUUCAACAGUCGGUAGCAAGACCUGAUCUGUAUCCUGGUCCACAGCGUGUAACACUGAACAAGGCUCUUAACGUAUUUCCCGAAAAGGCAUGGCAACAACUUAAUAAUGAUGUUCCUCAUGUUGAUGAUUCUGAUGUGAUUCGUGCCCUAGAAGAACAAUUAAAAGAUAAAAAUGAGCAACUGAGCUUAUGUUUUCAGGAAAUUACUCAACUAAAGAAUGAUCUUAAGAAUAAUUCACCACCUGGUACAGUUAUUCAUGAGGAAAAUACAGCCCAUCUCUUAUCACAAAUCAAUUUUUUACAUAAUGAGGUUGAACGUCUUGAACAACAAGUUGCAACGGUUCGUGAAAAUGCUGUUGAAGAAGUUCAGGCAAUUGCUGUGGAGUAUAAAGAGAAACUUCUUCUUAAGGAGAAAGAAAAUCGUUCUAUAGUGGAGCAGUUAAGAGGACGAAAAAAUCGUUCAAUAGAUGGUGAAGAUUUUGUUUCUCGUUGUAAAAUGUUAGAAAGUCAACUUGCCCUUGCACUUUCAGAGAAAAAUUCUUUACUUAUAGAAAAAAAUGAUUUGUCAACAAAAAUACGUAAAUUAGAUACUGCUUUAAAAGAGCGUAAGCAUGAAGCAUUGGAAGCGCAACGAAUGGCAUCUCAUGAAUCUGUAACUUCUGGAAGUCAAAUAAAAAGUCUUCAAGAAGUAAUUCAAGUUCUCUCUGAUGAGCGAACAUCGCUUCAAAAGCAACUUCAUCAGUUUCGUAGUGAAAAGAAUAUUGAACAUGUUCACAAUGAAACUCAGACUGAGAAUGCUUUAGUUUGUACAUUAACUCAAACAGAAACAGUAUGUAUGUCAGAAAAGGAAUGUCAGGUAGACCUAAUAACAUAUUCUGGAGAUAUUGGUGCACAAUCUGUACAAAGUUUGACACAUUUGCUAGAAAUCAAAUGUGCAGAGUAUGAUGAUUUACGAGCUCAAAUGGAUGACCUUUCCUCCAUACAUAGAGAUACUCUUUCUACACUAGAACGAACUAAAAAACGCCUGGUGGAAGAAGUUGAAAGAAGAAAACUACUAAGCGAUGAUGCAGAGAAACUUUCUCUGCAAGUACGUUCUUUACAACAGAAGUGUAGCCAGCAGGCUGCGGCUGAAAGGGAAUUAUACGCUAAAGUAUCAUCUGUAGAAGAGCAAAAACAACUACUACGAAUGAGUUCUGUUAAUAUUGAACGUGAAAAACAUGGUUUAGAAGAACAAUUACAACAAUAUCAAAAAGAUAUGGAUCAAUUAAUAGCGAAUAAAAACUAUUGUAAUCAACAGGUUGCUCAACUUUCUAGUGAGAAUGAAAAACUUCAAGCAGAAAUACAACGGCUUCAUCAGCAUGAAGCUCAAUUAGCAUACUCUUUAAAGGCAAAAGAUGGUGAACUACGUGAAAUUCUUUCGGCGUAUCAAAAUGCUGUAAAAGAGGUUGAAUUACAAACAGACUCUCAACGAACUAUAGAACGUGAAUUAGAAGCUACUCGUGCCACAUUGGCAUCGAAAGAGCAAGGUAUAAUUUACCUUCAAGAACAAUUAAAUCAGCUUCAUCAUAGAGAUCAACAGCUUUCGCUGGAUUUACAAACUUUUGAAUACGAAAAUAGUCAACUUCAUCGAAAAAUUGUACAAACAGAAGCAUUAGUAGCUCAAUUAGAAUCUAAUUGUAAUGAAUUACAACAAGUUUCAUUAGCAAAAGAUAGAGCUACUGAAGAAUUACAACAAAGUCUCGCCGAGCUAAGCAAGCAGAUUGUUUUAAAGGAAAAUGAAUGUAUGCUCCUUCGUCAACGGUGUGAAUCUCUUCAACGUGAUGUCUCACGUUUGCAAUCUGCUCAUGAAUUGGAGUCACGUCGCUUGCAUGAGUUAGAGGAUAUUAAUGCCCGUCUUGUUGUUAGAGGUGUAAUGAGUAGUGAAGAUGAUGAUAGGGUUAACGUACUUCGUGAAGAAGUGAAGGUUCUAAAAGAAUCCCUUCAAGAAAAAAACUUUUCUCUUCAAACAUUGCAAGAACAACUUCAGAGAGAACAGGAUGAAAGAAAAAAAUGUACUAGAGAACUACAGGUAGCUCAGACUUCGCUGGAGGAGGCAUUGGAUUCAAAGGAACGGCUGCAACAGGUGGUUCUGGAUCAAGCAGCCACUUUAUCCCACUUGUCUCAGUAA